GACAGUUGGUAACAACUGCAAUGUGGUCUUGCGUUGGAAGCAUCUGGGAACGCUUAAACCAGUCAUAUUUGUUAAAUAUAUAAAUACGAUUUAAUUCAUGUAUAGAGUAGUUUUAGACAGAGAACAUUUGAGCGGUCAUAAUGCUUCGUCAAAGUAAAAAUCUCAUAUACCUGAGGCUUAAGGGCCAGUAUGUUUGGAGACCAAAGAGCAGCUCAGCCCCUGAACGAGCUCUGCAAUAUGUGACAGGCCAGAAGAUCCAUGGGUUUACCAUCCAAGAGGUAACUCAAGUGCCUGAUCUGUCCUUGACAGCAGUAAAACUCAUUCAUGAUGUCACAGGAGCUAAGUAUCUACAUACAGCAAAGGAUGACUCCAAUAACCUCUUCAGUGUGCAAUUUCGUACCACACCCAUGGACAAUACUGGGGUUGCCCACAUUCUAGAACACACAGUUCUGUGUGGCUCUCGGCGUUUUCCCUGCCGAGAUCCGUUCUUUAAAAUGCUGAAUCGCUCUCUCUCCACAUUUAUGAAUGCUUUUACAGCUAGUGAUUAUACAAUGUACCCAUUCUCCACUCAGAAUGCCAAGGAUUUCCAGAACCUUCUAUCCGUCUACCUUGAUGCUGUAUUCUUCCCCUGUUUGCGAGAGCUUGACUUCUGGCAAGAAGGCUGGCGUUUGGAAAAUGAACAUCCUACAGAUUCAUCCUCUUCACUGAUGUUUAAAGGAGUGGUUUUCAAUGAAAUGAAAGGAGCAUUUUCUGACAAAGAACGAGUUUAUGCCCAGCACUUACAGAAUAAGCUGUUACCUGAUCACACAUAUUCUGUGGUGUCUGGAGGAGAACCUCUUGCCAUCCCUGACCUCACAUGGGAACAACUAAAACAUUUCCAUGCGACACACUAUCAUCCUAGCAAUUCAAGGUUUUUUACCUAUGGUGACAUGCCAUUGGAGCAGCAUCUAAAGCAGAUACAGGAAGAGGCCCUGUGCAAGUUUCAGAGAACAGAAACAAACACAGCAGUACCAGCCCAGAGCCGAUGGGACAAGCCAAGGGAAGCUCAUGUGACCUGCAGUCCUGAUGCAUUGGCUCCAGAUCCGGCUAAACAGAACACACUCUGUGUUAGCUACCUGCUGGCUGACAUCACAGAUACAUUUGAGGCUUUCACUCUGAAUUUUCUCUCUUCCCUGAUGAUCUCUGGCCCGAGCUCUCCAUUUUACAAAACACUGAUUGAAACGAAGAUUGGCACUGACUUUGCUUCUGUAGUUGGGUAUGAUUGCAGUACCAGGGAUGCCUCAUUUAGCAUCGGCUUACAGGGUAUGGCAGAAGAGGACAUGGAGAAUAUCAAACAUAUUAUUAGCCAAACCAUUGAUGACAUCAUAGAGGCCGGGUUUGAAGAAGAACGGAUAAAGGCUUUGCUGCACAAAAUUGAGAUUCAAAUGAAACAUCAGUCUACCAAUUUUGGCUUGUCCCUUGCCUCUUAUAUUGCAUCCUGCUGGAAUCAUGAUGGAGACCCAGUGGAAUUGCUGAAGAUCAGUGAGCAUGUCUCCAGAUUCAGACAGUGUCUGCAAGACAACCCUCGCUAUCUACAGGACAAAUUGCAGCACUAUUUUAAGGCCAACACACACAGAUUGACAUUGUCCAUGAGCCCAGAUGAACAGUAUAUGGAGAAACUGAACAAAGCAGAACAAGAAAAACUAAAGCAAAAAGUACAAGCUCUGACUAAAAUUGACUUUAAAGACAUCUAUGAAAAAGGUUUACAGUUGCUCACUGAACACAGCAAAAGUACGGACGCAUCCUGCUUACCUGCCCUAAGGGUAUCCGAUAUUGAACCCACCAUUCUUCACACAUCUGUGCAAAUGGGUACUGCAGGAGGAGUGCCCGUUCAGUACUGUGAGCAGCCCACUAAUGGCAUGGUGUAUUUCAGGGCCAUGUGCAAUCUCUACACUCUCUCAGAGGACCUGAAAAUCUAUGUUCCCCUCUUCUGCAAUGUUAUCACUAAGUUGGGCUGUGGGAACCUGGAUUAUAGGCAGCAGGCCCUGCAGAUGGAGUUGAAGACAGGUGGCAUAUCUGUGACUCCACAGGUCAUACCAGACACAACUGACCUUGACACGUUUGAACAGGGCAUACUUCUUACAUCCUCCUGUCUGGAAAGGAACUUGCCUCAUAUGUUCCUCCUGUGGAGUGACAUAUUUAACUGUCCUCAUUUUGAUGACGAGGAGAGGCUACGAGUGUUGGUGAUGUCGAUAGCUCAAGACUUGUCCAAUGGGAUUUCAUAUUCAGGUCAUAUUUAUGCAAUGACACGAGCAGGGCGUUCACUUACACCUGCUGCUGAUCUGUAUGAGACCUUCACUGGUAUGGACCAGGUAAGGUUCAUGAGGAGAAUAGCUGAGAUGCCUGAUUUGACAUCCGUUUUAAGAAAGCUACCCAGAAUAAAGAGACACCUCCUAAACCCAGAUAAUAUGAGAUGUGCAAUUAACGCUACUCCUGAGAAAAUGAGAGAAGCUGAGGUUGAGCUGGAGAAGUUUGUUUGUAGUGUAUCCUCUAACAGAAAGGAGCGGAAAGCCAUCAAAGCAGUUAUUGUUGAGAGACCACUGGAUCCUCAUGCCCCUGUUGGAUCAGUUCCUAUUCGUAACCUUGUCUCUGCGGCUCAUUUUAAACCAUGUCAGAUGAAGACUUAUUUCGAAUUUCCAUUUCCUGUGAACUUUGUUAGUGAAUGUGUGCGCACUGUCCCCAUGACACACGAGGAUUAUGCCAGUCUCUGUGUUUUAGGAAGAAUGAUGAGUGCUAAGUUUCUACAUUCAGAAAUCAGAGAGAAAGGUGGAGCCUAUGGAGGAGGAGCAAAAAUCGGAAGAGAUGGCCUAUUUGCUUUUUACUCUUAUAGAGACCCUAACUGCUCACAGACUCUUAAAGUGUUUCGCAGUGGUGUGGAGUGGGCUCAGGAUGGCAGGUUUACACAGCAGGAUGUGGAUGAGGCCAAAUUGUCUGUCUUCUCCUCUGUAGAUGCCCCAGUUGCCCCAUCAGAUAAAGGUUUGGGGCUUUUUUUAAAUGGGAUUACUGAUGAAAUGAAACAGGCUCACAGAGAAAGACUCUUUGCUGUCACACAGAAAAGCCUUAUAGAUGUGGCUAACCGGUAUCUUGGCAUCGGUCAGAGGACUUGUGGUACUGCAGUUUUGGGUCCCAAAAAUGAGAGUAUCAAAAAGGACCCAUCCUGGGUUGUAAAAUAGGCAAAACAAUCACAUGUUCUGAAUGCUAUAUUUACAUACACAUCAAAAUAGUGAUGUAAAUUACUUAUGAUGAUGUGUGUAGAUACUCUCGUUUUUCUCGUUUUGUCAUUGUUGUUUCAAAUGUCUUUUUCGACUUGGCAAGCACAUUCCAAUAUUAAAAAAUCUAUUAUCCAA